AUGAUAAGCCGUUCCAACAUAGCACAAACAGUCAAACAAACACCAAGAGUGAUGGGUAUUGUUAGAAAUUAUACUGUUGGGACUUCUGAAGGUUCUACUGGUUCUCACAGAGGUUUUGGAGGUGAUUCAUUUACUAAAAAAGAAAAGGCUAACGAAGAUUUCUACAUCAAACAACAUGAAAAAGAACAAUUACUUAAAUUAAAAGAACAAUUAGAAAAACAUAAAGCUGAACUUAAAAAUAUAGAGGAACAACUUAAAAAUAUAAAGAAAUAA